AUGUCAAACGCGAUAGAGGAUCCCCGGGUCAGGGCGGCCAUUGAGCACUACCUGUUAGAUCUGGAGAACACCCAGCCGAAGAAUACGAAGCGAAAUUAUCGUCCCAAGCAGGAAGAAUGGAAGGAGUGGUGUCAAGCCAACUGGCCUGCGAUCCCGGACGUUUGGCCGGCCUCGGAAGCCAAGAGGGCCGUGAAAAGACGCAGAGCACCAUCAGAUACCAUCGUUGUAGGCGGCGGAGGUAGCGAAUACGAGUCAGACUCCGACUUGGAGUUGUAUGAGUCCACGCUCAAACUACAGUAUAAUACUGUACGGGGCUACGUCUCGGCCAUACAGAAGCUUUACGACGAGCAGAAGAGCCGGGGAGUCAAUCCUGCGGCCCGGCCACAGGGAGUGGCACUGAAGGCGCUCAAACGCAGCAUUCUUGCAACGACUUGGAGCCGGAAGAGGAAGGAAUACAUGGACAGGGGAGUUGGAACUCUGAGAGAUGUGUAUGCGCCGGCGCAGAUACCCGACCACACCAACGUGGCAUGGUCCGAGAGGAGAGAGAUCGCCUGCGCCCUGAGGACGCAGGUGGACUUUCUGCUCGGGAACCACAUGCUGCUGCGGUCCGGCAACCGCCUGCCGAUGGAGUUGGCAGACUGCUUUCCCCUGGACUUACCCAACGAGGGCUUCAAGGCCCAGGGGUAUACCACAAAGGCGCUGGUUGUCGUGAUGAACUGUGGGAAGACCAACCAGCACGGCCGCAUGGAGUAUGGAUCUGCUUUGCGGCAUCGAGAUCCGCGAUCUUGUCUCAUCGGCGCCCUCGCGUUCUGGCUUUUCUGGCGCUGGCAGGUAGAAAAGGCGGAAAGGUUUCCCGUCUUCCAAAGAAGCGAAGACUGGUAUGAAACGAAGGUGCUCCGCCGAUCGGCGAAGGAGCCUCAAGCUCCGUUGUCGGGCCAGACUGCCCGAGAAUGGACGUCCAGGUUCUACAAGAAGGCCGGCAUCAAGGUCUCCAAGGUCAGCCACGCGCCUAGAGUGGCGGCGACGCAAAACGCCGACAUGGCCGGGGUGGAUGAAGGCCAGAUCCGCCGAGCCGGUCGUUGGAAUAACGGAGACCAAAUGACCGGCUGCUAUCUGACUUCCCUGCCUUUCGAAUUCAUGAGGGCCGUGGCCGACUUUGACCCUGAAUGGUCGGGGUCUUAUUUCGUGCCCGGGCCACCGUGA